CUGUUGUUGAUAAUUGGCAUGACGUCGGAAUCUGCGCGCAGCCGCAGCCAGGCGAGGAGAAGAUGGUGCACAUCAAGGAAUACCGUGUGGUAGUGCCAUGCUCUGUGGAAGAGUACCAGGUGGGCCAACUGUAUUCUGUGGCAGAAGCCAGUAAGAAUGAAACGGGAGGAGGAGAGGGCAUCGAGGUGCUGACCAACGAACCCUACGAGAAAGAGGGAGAGAAAGGACAAUACACGCACAAGAUCUACCACCUCAAAAGUAAAGUCCCAGGGUUUGUGAAGAUGAUUGCACCUGAAGGAGCCUUGGUGUUCCACGAGAAAGCUUGGAAUGCCUAUCCCUUCUGCCGAACCAUAAUCACAAAUGAGUACAUGAAGGAUGACUUCAUGAUAAAGAUCGAAACGUGGCACAAACCUGACAUGGGAGGCCAAGAGAAUAUUCAUCAGCUGGACGCAGAGACGUGGAAGACUGUAGAUGUGGUGCUCAUUGACAUUGCAGACAAAACACAAGUAGAAGCUGCGGACUACAAGCCCCAUGAGGACCCAGCCCUCUUCCACUCCAAAAAGACAGGCAGAGGGCCCCUGGGCCCAGAAUGGAAGGAAGAGCUCGAGUCCAAGCCUGAGCGCCCACGGAUGUGUGCUUACAAACUGGUCACAGUCAAGUUCAAGUGGUGGGGUCUUCAGAGCAAGAUCGAGAACUUCAUCCAUAAGCAAGAGAAGAGGAUCUUCACUAACUUCCAUCGUCAGCUGUUCUGCUGGAUCGACAACUGGCAUGGGCUCACUAUGGCCGACAUCAGGAGGAUGGAGGACGAGACACAGAGGGAGCUGGAGGAGAUGCGACAGCAGGGCUCUGUACGUGGAACGACAGCAUCAGCAGAGGAGUAGCGCCCCCCUGUGGCAACCACCGGCAGGUGCAGUAAGUCUGAGAGCUGAGGAAGUCGGGGCAGGUACGUGGAAUGAGCGCAGCACAUGAGCAGUAAGAGGGACGAAGAGCAAGAGUCCUACCAUGACAACAAAGACUGAAGAGGAGAGGCUGGGCAUUGGCAUUGGUGUGUGUGUGUGCGUGCGCGUGUUUGCGCGCGUUUGUGUGUACGCGCGUUUGUGUGUGCGUGUGCGUGUGUGUGUGUGUGCGUGUGUGUGUGUGCGUGUGUGUGUGCGCUGGUUCCAGCUCCUGUAGUCCUGUCAUUGUGCAGACCUUGCAAGGGUUGCCCCGUGAGUGUUAUGCACUAGGAGUGAUUUUAAUGUAUUUUAAAGAGAAAUGUCUGAUCAGCUAGAUGACCACAGCACACAUUUUUAUUUGUUACUUUGCCAUUUUUAUUUCUUGUAAUGCGAUUCCUGAAUGACAUGUCAUCAUCUCUGUGCGUGAGAUAGUUGGUGUCCAAGGCAUUAUUCUUGGAAUCUCCCUAUGGGCCGUGACCAGCUAGGUCCACCCCUGCAAUGAGUUUAACAUCUCAGCAACUGCGGGGAUGCCUGUGUUUAGUGUGUGUAUGUGUGUGUGUGUGUUAAGGGGGGUGAAGAUUUCUGUGUUUCUUUUCUUUCCUCUUUCUCAUGUAUCCUGAAGAGGAUAUGUAGCACAGAAUGCUUGUGUGUGGGGGGGGGGGGGGGUGGUGUUAAAAUCAUCUCCUAGGUAGGACGGGUGACGGGGGUGUUAAUAUUUAAAUUAUGUCCUAGUUGAGACGGGUCUGAGAGCUGUGAAGGUAGCAGCCAGUCCUCUCUCUUCAUCUCCUACAUUUCCUGACUCCCUCCCUCCCCUCUGCUAGAGUCAUGUCCUCUGGUGUCCAUUUCCCUGGUUGUGUUAGCUAGUUAGCGUGUUUAGGAUGCUGAGCUGUGGCAGGUAGAUAAUGUUUGUUCGUUUGUUAUGAAUAUAUUUAUUAACUGAAUUGUAAAUGCCAUUCUCUGAGUUGGAAGGGAUGCCGAGUGCGCAUCUGGUAGUUUCUUACCACACAUUUUCAGGACGCCUCAGUGAGAAGGGCUCGUUUGUGAGGUGACCUUUGACCUGUUCGGUUGUGAGGUCGUUUUACCCCUCACCAUGUCUGUCUGGCGUGUGUGUGGGUAUGCAAGUUUAAUCCCACCACAAUUCAUCACACACCUUGUGUCAGGUCACCACACACGUCCAACUGGCACACAGGGACGCAUCAGAGAGAGAGAGAGAGAGAGAGAGAGAGAGUGUGUGUGUGUGUGUGGGGGGGGGGUUCUCCCCCCCCCCCGUGGGUGCUCUCCUCCCCGUGGGUGCUCAUGUGUAGCUGCACCAAAUAAGACUGAAGACUUGUCUGUCUCAGGAUGUCUGGAUCACUUUUCUACACUGAAUCCUUAGGCUAGGCUAGGAGGAACAAAUAGGGCCAGCUGAGUCUGCUUUUUAUUGUCUAAUCAUGAUUGAGCACUUGCAAGAUUUUUUAAAAACAGGAUGUAUUCAGAUACCUUUUUCAGACUUAUUCAAAUUUCAGGGGGAAUUAGUUGUGAAUGUACAAUGUUAUGACUUUAUGUUAUUUUUAUCGUAAUGUAUUUUGGCAGCUUUUGAGCUGUUACUGAAAGGUCUAGACAAUGUUAAUAAAUUUCAAGAUAAAAAUUGA